CGCCGGGGCGCAGAGCGCAGCCCUCAGCCCGCGCCGCGCAGGCUUCGCUCGUCUGUUCCCUUCACCUUCCGUGCGCUGCCGCUCCGCUCCGCCGCGGGCCGGCAUGGGUCUGCUGUCGCAGGGCUCUCCGCUGAGCUGGGAGGAGACGCGGCGGUACGCGGAGCACGUGCGGAAGCACGGCAUCCUCCAGUUCCUCCACAUCUACCGCGCCCUGCGCGACCGGCACAAGGACGUCCUCAAGUGGGGCGACGAGGUGGAAUAUAUGUUAGUGAAAUUUGACCAUGAGAAUAAGAGAGUGCGCUUGGCACUCUGUGGUGAAGAAGUUCUUCAAACACUGCAAGACAAAGGGGAGAAGGUAAAUCCCAACCACCCAACACUCUGGCGACCAGAAUAUGGAAGCUAUAUGAUUGAAGGGACGCCUGGGCAGCCAUAUGGGGGAACCAUGUCUGAAUUCAACACUGUGCAGGACAACAUGAGGAAAAGACGGCAAGAGGCCGGUUCUGUUCUUAAAGAAAAUGAGGCUAUUUGCACUGUGACAUCGUUUCCAAGUUUGGAUCUCAUUGUUGUGUUACAUAGGUUAGGGUGUCCUGGGUUUACAGUGCCGGAAUAUAAGCCAACGCCCGUAGAAGGAGGAGCUUCCAAAUCCCUGUUUUUUCCAGAUGAAGCCAUCAAUAAACAUCCUAGAUUUAGUACACUGACCAGAAACAUUCGGCACCGAAGAGGGGAAAAGGUUGUAAUAAAUGUACCAAUCUUUAAAGAUAAGAACACACCAUCACCAUUUAUCGAAACAUUUCCUGAUGAUGAUGGAGAAGCAGCAAAGGCAGCUAAGCCAGACUACAUAUAUAUGGAUGCUAUGGGAUUUGGAAUGGGCAACUGCUGUCUUCAGGUAACAUUCCAAGCUUGCAGCAUUUCUGAAGCAAGGUAUCUCUAUGAUCAGCUAGCCACGAUCUGUCCCAUUGUGAUGGCGUUAAGUGCUGCAUCUCCAUUCUACAGAGGCUAUGUGUCUGAUAUUGACUGUCGCUGGGGAGUAAUCUCUGCAUCUGUAGAUGAUCGAACGCGAGAAGAAAGGGGGCUAGAGCCACUGAAGAACAACCUUUAUAGAAUCAGUAAAUCCAGAUAUGAUUCCAUAGACAGUUAUCUAUCUGAAUGUGGUGAGAAAUACAAUGACAUUGAUUUGACAAUAGACAAAGAUAUCUACGAGCAUCUAAUAAAGGAAGGUAUUGACCACCUUUUGGCACAGCAUAUUGCACACUUGUUCAUUCGAGACCCAUUGACUUUGUUUGAGGAGAAAAUACAUCUAGAUGAUGCAAAUGAAUCCGACCAUUUUGAGAAUAUUCAGUCUACAAACUGGCAGACAAUGAGGUUUAAGCCACCUCCUCCAAAUUCAGAUAUUGGAUGGAGAGUGGAAUUCAGACCUAUGGAGGUCCAGUUAACAGACUUUGAAAACUCUGCAUAUGUUGUGUUUGUGGUGUUGCUAACCAGAGUGAUUCUGUCAUACAAACUGGAUUUUCUCAUUCCUUUGUCCAAGGUGGAUGAAAACAUGAAGGUGGCCCAGAAAAGAGAUGCUGUCCGGCAGGGAAUGUUUUACUUUAGGAAAGAUAUCUGCAAAGGUGGAAACACUGUUGUGGAUGGAUGUAGCUCUGCGCAGAAUGGAACAGGCACCAAUGCUGAAGAGUACACCUUAAUGAGCAUUGAUACAAUUAUCAAUGGGAAGGAAGGAGUCUUUCCUGGUUUGAUCCCAAUUUUGAAUUCCUAUCUUGAGAACAUGGAAGUGGAUGUGGACACAAGGUGCACCAUCCUAAACUACCUGAAGCUAAUAAAAAAGAGAGCAUCUGGAGAACUGAUGACAGUUGCUCGAUGGAUGAGGGAGUUUAUCGCACAGCAUCCAGACUACAAGCAAGACAGCGUGAUAACUGAUGAAAUGAAUUACAGCCUUAUUUGGAAAUGCAACCAAAUUGCACAAGGCCAGGCAGAGUGCCCUGAACUAUUGGGGAUAGGGUUUAGUAAGAAACAAAGCGGAAACAAAACUGGCUCUUUGUAAUGAAUUGAUAUUUCUUAAAAGAAAGUUUAAGCCUUUUAGCAAAGCACUAGCAAAGAUACUGUGAAUCUGGUACAGUUUCAUGGUGUGAAGACCAAAACAGGGAUACUGCACUAUAAAGUGGGCCAAUCUGCCUAAAUAUUCAUUAAGGCAUCCUAAAAUGGGCAUAUUCUUAAGGUUUAUACAAUAUACAUGUAAAUAGUAAAAUAUUUUUAUGAUUAACAUCAAUGUAUUUUAAUAACAUUGUAUCUAAAGUUAUUGUGAAUUAGCUUGCAACUUUUUUAUGCCUAUUCUAGAAAGAAAAAUCGUCCUUUGUAAAUGUAAUGGUACUUGUACAUUAUAUGCAUUCCAGUUACUGAAUGUUUACUGUAAUUUUUUUUAACCUGGAAUGUGCUAAGUAAUCUACCUUAUUGUGUAAGAAAAAGGAAAAAAUCAUCUGGACCUGUCUGAAUUGCAGAUACUUCUUCCUUCCAUUCGGGUUUUGAAAGUAUGUAAGAACACACAAAUGCAUGUGCAUCCCAUUUGUUAAUCUUUACAGCAGUUUCUCAGUUGCCACAAGACCUGCAUCCUUCAACUGUAAAAUUCAGAGGAACACAUCUGUCUUUAUUCGAAUAACCUGCAGAUGCAUUGUUAUUUUUUUCCCUGCUGAAGUAAAUGUGUACACUAUUGCAGGUCAGAAAUUUGCCUUAUUUAACAAAAAGCCAGUAACAGUGCAGGCAUGGUACAGGGAGGAGGAAAUGAGAGCUGAACAUAAAGCUCUCCUUACAGAGGAGCCAGAGAGCCCUGCUCUGUCCUUCACUGCUCAUUCUCCCAUGUUGCUGCUGUUCCCACAGGCAACAGUGGUACAGCCCAAAACCAAACAUCUGUUCAUUCUUCCUGAAAGUUGAGUUUCUCAUUUGUCAUUCAUUAUAAUAAAUACUUCUGUCAGCAUGUUUAGGUCCUGUAGGUAGGGACAACUUAAUCCCCUCUAGAAAAUAGUUACAAAGAAAUUACAGCUACUCCUUUGAAGUGGGAGUCGGUGCUGGGAGUGACUGUAAGGUAUUUAAAAUUUAGCCAUUGCAACUGUAAAUAAAGCAACCUAACGGGGCCUUUUUGAUUUAGCUUCUUAACCGACUUCUAAAAGUGAAUUGCAUUAUGGGUAGAUAAUGCAAAGCUUUAUGCAAGCACACAUGAAAUACCUAAGGUGUAAUGAAUUUUUACAAAAAACUAAUGGAGAAGCUGCAACGGAGAGAUGCACUAAGAUGCUUUUAUGUACUGACAUUAGCCUUUGUUCUGUGCUCACAGGUGUGCUUUAGAGAAUAAGAAGAGCGCUGUUUUCCUGCUGUGGUGGAUUUGUUUUACUCAAGCUGUAGGCCUGUGCUCAUUUAGUUUCUGUAAUAAGGAAAUAAAAAAUAAAAUUUGCAGUA